ACGCGGGAAAGAAGAGCACGACGCAUUUGCACUAAAUAUUAACAUAGUUGCAAUUGCUACAUUGAAAUAAAUAGACUGCAAUAUGGUCGAGCGGAUUGAAGACUUAAAUCUACCUAAUGCUGUGAUUGCCCGAUUAAUUAAAGAAGCCUUACCGGAGGGUUCCAAUGUAAGCAAAGAGGCGCGUGCCGCAAUCGCGAAAGCAGCGUCUGUUUUCGCAAUAUUUAUAACUUCAUCCUCGACGGCAUUGGCGCACAAACAAAACCACAGGACCAUUACAGCCAAGGAUAUUCUGCAAACACUCAACGAACUGGACUUUGAAAGCUUUGUUCCGUCGUUGACACAAGACUUGGAGGUCUAUAGAAAGAUGGUAAGGGACAAGAAGGAGAGUAAGGCCAAAAAAGAUAGCAGCGCCGGAGAUGCCAUUGCCAGUAGCAGCGCUGCGGCAGCUGCCGCCGGAAAUGAAGACGCCAACUAAUAAGAGCAAAAAAGCAG